AUGCUACUUCUGGAUAUACUGCCCGCGUCGCUGGAGUCUCUGGGGAUUACCGAUAUUGAAGACUGCGAUUAUCCCAGUCUGGUGGCGGAGCUCUUGAGAUUGGUCCGGCACGGCCCAGGUCUCUUUGCCCGGCUGAACCAAAUCCAGCUGUACGUGAUCCAGAUUGACGAGGACGCACUGGCUGUUCUGAGAACGGAGUGCGAAUCAGCCGGUAUCGAUCUGAAGGUGGAGGAGCAGCAAGAGGAAGCCUGGGAGCACUAUUUAGUAUCCCCGGAAAUGGCAGCCCUUCCGAUUGACACUGAAGUUUACAUACCUGUGUGUGAUGAUGGUGGAGCCUUUUUACUUGUAUUGGGGUGA